GCAAGUUGAAGAAAACAAGCGGCGUUUUGCAAUUGCGUUGGAGGGAUCCAAGAGAAGCAGUUUUCUGAAGAUAAAACAUAUCGGUGCUUCAGUGAAUCGCUCUCCGCAUUUGGUCGGGCUCAUGCCCAGGACGAAAGAAAGAUUGAUCGGUCCAUAACGACAGCUGCUUCAUCCGAGCCGUCUAAAGCAGGGAGCUAGCGGCCCAGAUCUUACCACCGCUCCGUGGGGCAGGGCUGCUUGUACAUAGACAAGAACGCACUGCUGCGGGGGCCGUGCUCUUCUUCCCCUUCCGCGCUUCAGGCUUCAAGGCCUUCACCCCUCCUCUCGUUUCCUCUCCGCCUUUGGACUUCGGCGGUCCGACCCCUCGACGCGGCGGGCGGUGGCCGUCGCGGGGAUGACCACCUGCCAGGGGACUGGGCGCAAUCUCCCGCUCCCCCUCCCCCUCCUCCUCCGCCUGCCCUAUUAGAGAGAGUUCCGGACUCUCGUUGGUUUGUUUUGUCAGGUCAUCAUGUGGAGUUUUGCAUCAAAUGCCAUAGCUGGAAGCUUAAAGAAAAAAGUGCAGCCUUCAAAAUGUAGCACAUCAAAUCCUGAUUGUUCUGAUGAUGAAGUUUCUUCGUGUACAAGCAGAGAGGAAGGCCUUGAUUGUCUAAUAUGCUGGGAAUCAUUCAACCUUGUGGAGAAUGUUCCCUAUGUCUUGUGGUGUGGACACACAAUGUGCAAGAACUGUAUCCUUGGUCUUCAUUGGGCUGUAGUCAAGUUCCCGACACUUCCUAUCCAGCUGCCACUUUUCAUCUCAUGCCCUUGGUGCAAUCUGUUGUCUUUCCGGCUGGUUUACAAGGGCAACCUCAAGUUCCCGCGGAAAAACUACUGUCUUCUCUGGAUGGUUGAGAGUAUGAAUGGCGAGAGAGCUAAGUUCCAUUCCACUAGUCAUGAAGAACAUCAUUCCUCAUGGCCUUCUGGUGAUGGCCCAAAUUCCAGUCAUCGCCAACGAAGAAAUGCUGUCGCACGACCAGAGAGAUCUUCAGCCAGAGAUACAAAUGUUGUCCGCAACAUUUUUCACACUGAUAACAUCAGUGCAUCUCUCCAAAAGCUUAUGGUAUGCUUCGUUCAGAUGACAGUCAAGUUUCCACUUGUGAUAAUCUUCCUUCUGAUUAUUCUUUAUGCUGUCCCUGCAAGUGCUGCUGUUAUGGUCCUGUAUGUCCUUGUGACUCUUUUGUUUGCAUUGCCUUCAUUUUUGAUCCUCUACUUUGCCUAUCCCACUUUGGAUUGGCUUGUCAGAGAGAUCUUCGCUUAGUUUGUUCUGUCUGAAAUGCCAGUGCAGUUCAUAGUUCCCCGACACAAAUAUGUAUUUCAUGACCACUGGUCCUUGGGGCCCUGUGUAAUUUUAUUCUGAUUUCAUGCCCUUUCUUUUCUGGCUUUAUGGGACAGUAAUUAUGUUGAAACUAUCUGUUUAUUAAGAUGCUCAUGAUCGUUUUUUUU